GCCGCCGCCUCACAGUUACAGCUAAGCCGUGCGGGCAGAGUAACGCGCUGUGACGCACUGGCUGCAGGCCGCUCACUAUGGACCACAAAUACCACCACGGUUUGUAGUGCGUGUGUGUGUGAUGGAAAGAGGCGUGCCGCGCCCCUGAGUCCUGGCGCCUAAAGGAGUGACAAGGAUGGUAAGUGUGGACCUGUGGAACGCUUGCUCCGCCAUGGCCCGCACGCCGCUCAAACACGCCUUCUCCAUCAACUCCAUCCUUCCUGAGACAGCCCUCGAUAACCCCGCUGAGCUGCCCAGGGACGUGCCCACACCCAAGAACGAGCUGCUUGUUCAUGACGUCGAGAUGACGACGGCCGAUGACGACGACGAGGAGGAGGUGGAAGAGGACGUGGACAUUGACGUGACGAGCGCGGUGAGUCCCGGAGUGAUGUCCGACUCGGAGGUGGAGGAUCACGCUGAUAAGGACGAAAAGGAAACGAAGAAGGAAGGAGGGGAGGAAAAGAAAGAUGGUGAGGAAAAGAAGAAACACGAGAAACCACCGUUCAGUUACAACGCGCUCAUUAUGAUGGCCAUCAGAUCCUCUCCCGAGAAACGCCUCACGCUGAACGGCAUCUACGAGUUCAUCAUGAAGAACUUUCCGUACUACCGCGAGAACAAGCAGGGCUGGCAGAAUUCCAUCCGCCACAACCUCAGCCUCAACAAGUGUUUCGUGAAGGUGCCGCGCCACUACGAUGACCCCGGCAAGGGUAACUACUGGAUGCUCGACCCCUCGGCCGACGACGUCUUCAUCGGCGGCACCACGGGCAAGCUGCGGCGCCGCUCUACCGCCGCCUCCAGGAACAGACUCGCCGCCUUCAAACAGUCCCUCCUUGGACGCUUUGGCUGCUACCCACCGUUCGCCCUGACGCCUUACGCUGCUGCGGCUGCGGCAGCAGGCCUGGGGGGAGCUUUGGCACCAGGCACCCUGCCUGCAUCCCUGCCCGGCACACUCCCCGGAGCACUGGCUUCAGCCCCACUGUACCAGCAGGCUAGCGCUGCCGCUGCCGCAGCUGCAGCCAUCUACAGAGGAUAUUCUCCCUCCUGUUACUCAGGGCCACUGCCAGCCGGUCCAACCCCGGUGACAGGACCCGCGCCACCCUCGGGAUUGCUCAAGCCCACAGCCCUCACGCCGGGCAUCUCCCACCCCCACGUCACCUCCUUCAGCGUGGACCGCCUACUGUCUGACACCCCGAUCAGCGCCUCGCCUCCCUCGUCUUCGUCGCUGGCGGGUCACUCGCCGCUUCUCUUAGGUAGCCUCGGAGGGGGAUCACCCAUGUCCCCUUACGACGUGUACCGAACCUCCCUGCUGUCCCAGGCCGGCCUGAGUCAUACCUUGGGGGGAGUGGGUGCCGCCAACCUGGCCUCAGGUCUCAGUGGAGUCGGGGUGAGCAUGGUGGGAGGUUUAGGGGGCGGCACCCCGACGCCGCCGAGUCCCGGCGUGGUACCCGCCUCGGUCAGCAGCAGCAGCAGCGAGGCGGCGGGGCGCAGCGCGGUAUUCAAGCCAGUGACGGUGGUGGCGCGCCCCAGCUAGUGCCUCCUGCCGCGGGGUGCCGCUGUAUAUAUUGUAUGUAUUUGAUCCAUUUUGUACAGUCCCUUGUGUGGCCACGCCAAAGGUGUACAGCACGUGUACAGCAGUAACUUAUGUCAAUAAUAACUGAAAAAUGUACAGAA